AUGGACGACAACCGGCGACGCCGACCAGUGGUGAUAGUAGAUGACGACGAGCCGGAGGCCAAGCGCAUUCGCUUCGACAAGGCAGUCAUGCUAACGCCGACGCCGACCACGAUUUUCGACAGCAAGGGCGACUUGCACCUUGUGGUUGGCAGCGACGUCCGUGACGGCGACCCAUCAACCUUCCUCGUCUGCUCCAAGACCCUCGCACGCGCGUCGCCAGUCUUUGACAGGAUGCUCUUCGGUCCCUUUGCCGAGUCCCGUCCGUCUUCCGAGUCGUCGAAGCAAGAGCCCGCCUGGGUCGUGCACCUCCCCGAAGACGAUCCUGACCAUAUGGAGGCGGUGUUGAACAUCCUGCAUUUCAACUUCAAGGAUAUUCCUCGGCGCUUCACACCUCCUAUCUUCUCCGGCAUGAUAGUAAUUGCAGACAAGUACGACUGCAUCGGAAUCUUCAAGCUAUGGGUUACGUCCUGCAUGCCUCAUGCCCUCUUCGGUCACAGAAUUUCCCCCAAAUUCGCCCUCCAUAUUGCAUGGCAGCUUGGGGACAUCCGCAAAUUCAAGAUAGCUAUGGCGGUCAUAGUUGAUCAAUCUUUCAUCUCCGGGGAUGACCGGAUCUCCAUUGUGCCGAAGGCUUGGAACGAGGAUGAAGAGGCGUCUGAGGCGGGACCACAAGACCUUUGCAAGUAUCUGGGCGAAUUGGUUCCUGAGGAAAUUAUUGACCAAAUCAGGGACCAACGCGCCAAGCUCAUCAAUGCUGCUAUGGAGCCCUUCAUCAUGCUGCAUGAAGACCUCGCAAACAGCCGGCAGCGUUGUCCCAUACCCGCCCACCAAGAAGAGUGUGACAAAAUGCUACUUGGGUCUCUGAUCAGAAGCUUCCGCAAGACAGUCAUAGAAGAGGCUACAAGAGACGCAGCCCGGCGUUACCGUGGCACCAUUCUUGAUCUCCAGAAAAGCCUUGACAGCGUGGAACUUCGGGGAAGAAGUCUCCUGGGUACGAGUCACCACGAAGACUUCGUCGCAUGGAUGUUGAAGAGAGACUAG